AUAUUUGCCAAAGAGUUCCUGGGAGGUUGGGCUACUGUUGGGCAAGUGACAGUCUUUUAAUAACAAAGUUCUCCACUGUUGGAAUGGACAAAGGUGUUAAUAGCUGACUGACUGGAUGAGGAGAGAGAAGAAAAAGAGCAGAAGAUACAUGAGUGAAACUUUCUGACUUGAGAUACAUUUCUACCCAGAAAAUCUUCUAAGAGCUCUGACAGAAGGGCAAAGCAACUGACAGUCUCUUCAACACUGUGCAGCUUUCUUACUGUCUUCAGGCUUUGGUGAGUUGGAAAAUAAUACAUGGAGCCCCCUUCAAUGGUCUUGCUGGGGUUCCUUCUGGUUUGUGGACUAUGUUGUGGGGUCCGGCAGACACAAGCAAGUUUGUCAGACAGUAGCCAAGGAAAACAUAAGACCAAGGAAUUUGGGAGCAGCGAGGAUGAUUUGGAAGGAGAGUUUUUGUAUGCUGGAAGACAAAAACGUGCUCCAGCUGGACAGCCACAGGACAAGUGUUCCUACACUUUUAUUGUGCCUCAGCAAAAGGUUACUGGAGCCAUCUGUGUGAACUCCAAGGAACCUGAGGCUAUGCUGGAGAAUCGGGUCCAGAAGCAAGAGUUAGACCUGCUAAAUGUGGAACUCCAGAAACAGAAGAGGCAGAUCGAAACCCUGCAGCAAUUGGUGGAGGUGGAUGGAGGUAUUGUCAAUGAAGUUAAGCUUCUAAGAAAGGAGAGUAGAAAUAUGAACUCCAGAGUCACUCAGCUGUACAUGCAGCUCCUCCAUGAAAUCAUCAGGAAGAGGGACAAUGCUCUAGAAUUAGCUCAAAUAGAGAACAGGAUCCUGAACCAAACCUCAGAGAUGCAGCAACUCACCAGUCGAUACAAAGAUCUUGAGCACAAAUACCAGCACUUGGCUUCACUAGCCACAAACCAGUCGGCUGUAAUUGCUAUGCUGGAGGAGCAGUGCCAGAGCCGCCCCCCUCCCCGAUACGUUCCUGCCUCACAGCCACGAUCUCAGCCUCCUCCACCACCAUCUCCACCUCUUAACAAGCCUUACCAGCCACCUCUUCUUCCACGUAUAAACAACCCAAUCAGCAAUGAGAUCCAAAGUGACCAAAAGUCUCUUCCACCCCUUCCUACAAUGCCCGUUGGUACACACAGCCCAUCCACCACUGACAAACCAUCUGGUCCAUUUAGGGACUGUCUGCAGGCACUUGAAGAUGGCCACACUUCCAGCAGCAUGUACCUGGUGAAGCCGGAAAACGCCAACCGCCUCAUGCAGGUGUGGUGUGAUCAGAGACAUGACCCAGGCGGCUGGACGGUUAUCCAGAGAAGGCUGGACGGCUCUGUCAACUUUUUCAGGAACUGGGAGACGUACAAGCAAGGAUUUGGCAACAUUGAUGGCGAGUACUGGCUCGGUCUGGAAAACAUCUACUGGCUGACAAACCAGGGAACCUAUAAGCUGCUCAUCAUGUUGGAAGACUGGUCUGGGAGGAAAGUGUUUGCAGAGUACGCCAGCUUCCGAGUGGAGUCUGAAGCGGAUCAUUACAAACUCAGGGUUGGCCGGUACCAUGGCAAUGCUGGGGAUUCCCUUACCUGGCACAAUGGCAAACACUUCACAACGCUGGACAGAGAUCAUGAUGCAUAUACAGGAAAUUGUGCACACUAUCAGAAGGGAGGGUGGUGGUACAAUUCUUGUGCACAUUCAAAUUUGAAUGGAGUUUGGUACAGAGGAGGACACUACCGCAGCCGCUACCAAGAUGGAGUCUACUGGGCAGAGUUCAGGGGAGGAGCCUAUUCACUAAAGAAAGUAGUUAUGAUGAUCCGUCCUAACCCCAACACCUUCCACUGAUCAGCAUUGGGAUACACAUGGAACAGCGUUUCUCAUUAAACAAAACUCUUGCCAUCAUUUCCAACAGAUCUCAAACAAAAACAUGAAGUGCAAUAUUGAAAACAUCAGGGUGAUACUGGCCUCCCUAAAAAUGUAAUUAUAUUUUGAUACUUUUAUUUCUAUCAGUUUUUCUUUUUUCAGUAUGGGACAUAAGAUUGCUUGUGGUUCAGGAGUUAUUUUAGCAACACUUUAGAAAACAGGGGGUCUCUGUGUCUGUGCUUUUAUUUGGUCUAAGUAGCUCUGUAUUAUGAACCCUACAGUAUAUCUAUGUAGAACAUAAGCAAACAAGGUUGACACAGGAAAUGUAUCCAGUGAGUGUCCUUUAAUUUCAAGCUCAAUAUGUAUUUUCUUUUCAAACUGUGUAGUUUUCAGUAACACUAAAACAAUUAGUUUGUAAUAAAGUCUCUGUGUGCCACAUUUUACAGUACACACUACAAAACAUCUGUAACAUUUUUUAAAGAAAGCUACAAAUUGCAAUGCAAACAUGUAAAUGUUUUGUCGAUCUUAUUUCUUUUCAACUAAAAAAGGUGAAACAUCAACUCGCCAAGAUCUAAAAAGGUAAAUCAGUAAUUUUUGGUAAAUACUUUGAAAUUGUGGAUUGCUUAUGCAGGUAUCCUAAGUUGCUUGUAAAAUUCAAACAUUGUAUUUACUGUAUUAAUGUGUUGGCUUGUUAAUACCAAUAAAUCCAACACAAUGCGUUUGUACAUAGGAUAAUUGUAAUAUAAUGUAUGUAAAGAUUAUGUCAUAAUUAAGUUGCAAUAAAAUAUGUACAGAUA